UUCCAUCCCCUCGUAAUUUGCGCCGCGAAACUUCAAUCAAUCGUGAGAAAUUUUCAACGGAAAUCACGGUGAAGUUUUUGAUUUUUUGCCCGACUAAUUGCUUGCCCGGUGCGAUGGCGCCGGCAAAAAAGGCGAAGAAAUCGCCGCCGGGCGUGUUCAGGAAACCCGUGGAGCCACAGAUGAGUACAAAGGUGACCGCAUUGCAGGAAAACAUCCGGCUGAUAGCGAAGGAGGUGCGUGGACCGAUAAAAACAGGAAAGCCUGGGCCGAAAUCGAGCAAAGUGGUUCCGCCGGCGGAGACCAUCGCGGAACCGGUAAAGAAGAAGCAGAAGAAGGACCGUGCGCCGUGGGAGAAUCCGUACGCGCGGGAGAUUUUUUUCUGUAAGACGAAUAUUCGCGAGAUCGCCCGCCAAGAGGUCAUCGAGCAGAGGAAAUACACUGACCCGGCCGCGAUCGAGGCGGACGCAAAGGCUUACCGGUACAAGCUGUUCCAGGCUUACGUUGAAACGCCAGAGUUCCGCAUCCGGGUACCGCUGUACAAGCUCAGGUUCGAGAGUGAGUACUACGAGUACCGGCUGCAUCUGGCCCUGGCCAUGAGGAUGCGCAGCGACGAAGAUUACCAGGAUUAUAAGGUGCAGCUGGAUGCCGCCGGAAUCAGUGAGAGCUGGGUCUGCAUGCGGAAGGACAAUUUGCUGUUGCAGCACGAGGAUAAGGUGUUGGAGAAGGUUCGAACAGGUUUCAAACAUUGGGGCUCGAAGCUGGUGAAGCUGCCGGAGUACCUGAUGAACGCCCAGCGCAAUUACGAAUCCAAGCAAGCAGGGGCGGCAGCAGCGACACUUCCGCUGGAACCACAACCACAAAUGGAUCCGCUUCUGGACGCGCUGACAAACCGGUCAAACGCCCGCGAACGAAUCGAUGUCAAAGAGGUUUACGCUUUGCUCGCCGGCAACCCGCCCCGCUCCCUUUAUCGAUCGCUCCGGUGGCUCGUUUUCGAGGACGACGCGCUUAACCAACGGUUUGGCCUGCAAGCGUAUGCGAGCGAUGAUGACGAAUCUGAGAGCGAGACGAUGAUCGGGAUUACGCCGCUGGACGUCAGCUCGGUUGCGGACGAAUCGACGCACUCCGAAGGCUCGGAGUUUGCGCAGAUGCGGUCAGAGAUGGCCAUGACGCAGCCCCAUGAAAUGAGACCGGUUCCGGAUGUUGGGCCGUUUUAUCAGAGCACGUCAGAGGUCAUCACGGCGCUGGAACCGACCCAACAGGUGGAGUCGUUUGCGUUGGUGCAGGUGGAGUCGUUGGUUCCGCCGGUAGAUCCGUUGGUUUCGUCGGAGGACGCUUUGGUUGCACCUGCAGAUCCGCUGGUGGAAGCACGGGAUGCUAUCCAACCUGACGAACCGGUGCCACAGCAGCCGGAAGCGUCCGUCAACGCCGUCGCCGAUAUUCCCGAGGGUCAUCAAUCUGACGGUUCGGAAUUAUCCCUGUUGACGCCAGGACAACAGGAAGUAAUUUCCAUUUCCGACGACGACGACGACGAUGACCAGCAUCAGCAAGCACACCGCUCUCCAAAGACCGCACCGCUGAGCAAAGAUGUGAAGCCGGAGGAGUGCUUCUGGGCCGAUCUGGACAACGUGAGACGCUACACGAAUCUGGACGAGUACAUCACGAAUGGCCUGAAGGAGCGUUACAAGAACGACCAGAAAAAAAUCGAGCGAGUCUUGGCAGAUUUGGACAAAAUUGUAAGGUUUUAUUUCGCGGAAAAUAUUGAUCACUUCCGGCGAAACGAGCUUCCGGAGGGAGUGACUAAACUGACGCGGCGAGCUCGUCGGGAACGCGAAGCCCUUUCUCAACCCGCUGGACCCCAGGUGUCAUUGCAAACUCCGGCUCCGCAAGCAGCACAAACGCGACCUGCUCCAGUACCUGCCACGUUGCCGACGCAGACUCCGCCGACGGUCUCCACGCUUGAACCGCUUUUCAACGGUGCUUUGGUAUCGGAGACGCAAUUCGAAACGCCGCGGCAACCAUUGCGCACCAAACUUCGCCAGAUCGCCUACGAGGAAAGUCCGCCGUUGCUGCCAGCGACGCCCGACACGAUGCCGAUGCCCGAUUCGGAAAACUUCCAGCCGGAAGCUCACUCGACGCAGAACACGUUCGGCGGACCGAUGAUUGGCGCCGCCCCCGGAACGCCGCGGCCGUCACCACAGCGGCCAACCCCACCACGGCGUCCUCCCCCGCAAGUGCGGCCAUCCGUUGACAGCCGAUGUUCCACGCCCGGAUUCGCCGACGAAAAUAAUGUGACCGUCCAGGAUCUCUCGCCUCGGAAGCGGCCCUCUCCGCGGGUUAAAAUAGAGCGGGACAAUUCCGGUUACGCGGACGAUGUCGAGGAAGUGCCCAUGGACAACAGGCCCAUCGUGCUGGAAGACACCAUCGACCAAAGCCAGAUCGAUGGGAUGGAACUCAUCGAUCGGGGUGAGCAUGCCGCCAUUCCGCUUGAAAUGCGAAAUCGCAUGAAUGGGUUGUUCCGGGAGGAGCCGCAGCCGGACGUAACGCAGCUGUCGCAAACGUCGGAAAAAAGUGGCGACGGCCAGCGGCUGUCGAUGGGGUUUCGCAACAGUCAAUCGCCCCGUGUCCGUUCAGACUAGUGGCGCCACCAUUCAAACCACAACCCAGCCCGUACCACUUUCUAACCCGGCUCGAAAUCGUCACCGUCCAGUUCUACCGCAAUCCGGCACUGCACCAGCGCACGCACCAUC